AUGACUUGCGUUAACAUGGGAGGAACAAGUCUUGCUCGAGCGAUGAGAUUAGUUCUUGGAAUCUUAAUCGUAUUGGAGUACUGCAUUUGUCACAGGUAAGUUCUAAACAACUCCUUUGUGUUGCUGUUUUCUUUGAGUGUAAAAGUGAUCAUCCAUUUACAUCGUUCACAUCGUCGAAAACGUUAGCGUUGCUUCAUUCAUUUAAAAAUGUGCUUGAUGAAGAAGAACACUGAGCGUUGUGGGGAGGUUACAUUUAUUGGCGAUUAUUGGUGUAAAUGAACACCAAUUUUGAGAAAGAGGGUAAAUAGAUUAAAAUAUGUCAAUAAAAUAGAACGUUCUCAGAACAAAUUAAAAAUGUUAUCAAAACAAAUUAAAAAACGUUUUGCGAGUACAUCAGAUGCACGUCGUGCAAAUGGCCUUCCUAAAGAGGUUUUUUGGCAGUUGCUUCGGGACAUGUGUCGGGAUGCAAGCUAGAGACCGUUGCUUGCGAUUGCAGAAAGGUGGUCGUCUUGAGUCUUGAGGCAUCGGUGACUGCAUGGGCUCCGCCAGCACGUGAAAAAGCUGAUGAAGAGCUAGUAAUGACUGUUGGUUUAUAUUUUUGGGUCUCUACUUUUCUCCGAGAGAUUUUUCUCCGGUUUUCCGGUACUCCGGUUUUCCCCUCUUCUCAAAAACCGAAAUUUUCAAAUUCCAAUUCCAUCUGAAACGCACGAACAUUUCUAAAACGAGUUCUUAAGGCCGCGGGGCACACCUAUCUAUGAAUAAAUUCAUAAGGCAAAAUUUUGCUUGUGCUACAUGUUUUAAAACGCUUUUUAAUCUCGGCUGUUCUGGAGGCGAUUUAGAUAAAAUUUUACAGAGACAUUGACGAAUGAAGAAAGUUUAGGAGGGUUGUUUUUCAUCUGGCAGAUCGCGCUUUACGGUAAUGCUUUGAGCCACGGUUGUACCAAAUUGAGAAAUCAUAAUUUUGUGUCCAAGUUUACUGAAAGUCCUUAGAAGACAACACUCGAUGAUUUUAUAAAUAAAUGGUCGCUCUAUACAUGACACACUACAGUCUACCAAGUUUACUCCUCUGCAGUUCCAGGCGUGUAGUUUUGUAUCUGCGCUGAAUUCUUGGAUAUAAAAUUGUCGGAAAAGUCAAAUUUUGAGACUUCCAAAAGGUGUCCCGACUAAAGCACGAGUUCCAAGCAAGAUAUGUCAUUAUGGUAAUUAUGGUUAAUUACAUUCCACGCUUUAAUUUUGUUUAUAAGCUAUAAUGUUUUCAAGUUGUCCCCUCUCAGGGGAUUAUGACCACAAAUUUUGCCCCAAACUGAAAUUUUGUUAAGCCCAGAGAAGGAUAGGUUAUCACAUUUGCACUAUUUUCCCAUCCCCAGGGUCGGGAAUUUGACCAAAAUACAGAUGUGCUUGACACUCUGACAUUUUCUCAUCGAGCAGCAGCGGGCGGGCACUGAUAUUGACUCACUUUUCCAGUCCCUCGUUUCGGACAUUCUGACACAAAGUUGUCAAAAAAUCAAAUGCCGGCCCUUCCCGCUGCCAAGCCCCCCCCUCCCCCAACCCGCCCCCCCCUCCCCCCCCCCCCCCCCCCUCCGCCCCCAAUUAUCGAUAACUGCAGGUGUUUUUUGCAUAUCGUGAAAUUCUAGAUUCUAGAAUAAAGGGUGGUUACCACUAACAAAAACCACCCAGGUGGAAAUCUUAUGCAUAAAUUAAACACAAAGCUAUAAAAUUUGACUUAGUGGCCAGAAUGACGCGUUACAAUGUAUACCCAAGGGUGAACUUAAUAAAUUUUACAAGUGUAGUUUACAAUUGUAGCCAUUGUUUCAAACUCUGAAAACAAUAGCUACACUUGUAAAUUACACCUGUAAAAGUUUUAUUAAAUUGACCCCAGAUCAGCUUAACUGACUACAACAAAGAUAACCGUAUUACAAAGUAUUAAAGAUUGUACCCGAGAAGUGUGGAACUUGGGGACUGUCAGACAGAUGUCCUAAGCCUUAAGGAUCGAGAAGCCAGUUAAUGGCAAGCAAGCCAUAACAUGGCAAAUCAAUAAAUCAAUAAAUUCUUUUAUGUGCCCGUGUACACAGAUUUAAAAAAAAACGGUUAAGACGCAUUUUAAACUUUUUCGACGGGCAGAGAGAAGUAAAAAUUAAAAUUAAUUUUUAAUAAAUCAAUUAAUAGAUCGAGUCAUUCUUUGAGUAACCAUAAAUAAGUUAGCUUUAGCAACGACGGCGUCGGGUAAGAAGAGACAUGUUUAUUAAGAAAAACAACAGCUCUGCAAGUGCAUCACAGCUUUUUGGUACAUUUCCUUGCCGUCGCAUCGCAGCACGACUACGACGCGUGAAAUUUCCUCAAAAGAGACGAGGAUUUUUUUCUGUUUCAUAAAUUGGGUGUGGUCUCCGUGAAUUAUGAAUUCAACUCCAUGGAAAAUUACCAACAUUUGGCAUUUGAGUCGGAAUGAUCACGGCAAAGAUGAAAAAACGGAAAUUCAUUCACAACGGUGACGUCUUAGCUGCCUUCGCUGGCGUUGUUCGCAUGAGGAAGCUUUAGCAAAAACACUGGCGAAGGCAAUGAAGACUUUAAAAAAGCGAUCACCAUGGUGAUGGGUUUGUUACGCAAAACAACAACUUUGCACGUGCAUUGCACUUUUUUUGUACAUUUCUUUUCCGUCCCUGAACGACUACGACGUGAAAAUGCCUAAUUUCACGCUUUCAUGGAGGACUUAGGGCCUGUUUACAUGGAGUGGGGGACCCCGGUCAAGUGGGGUUGGUUUCUUUUGUUUUCACGCUCUGGGGGACACAAAACAAAAGAAACUUACCCCACUAGACCGGGGCCCCCCACUCCAUGUAAACAGGGUCUAAAACAAGCGACGAAGAAUUUUUCCUUCUCUUUCUAAACUUAAGCGCGGUCCCCAAGAAAUCAAAGCCUACAUUUGGCAUUUUCAGCGAACUGGAAUAUGCGCGUUAAUGUUUGAAAAAAUGCGAACUCAUUUUAAAAGUGACAUUUUCGCUGCCGUCCCCGUUGUCGAUGAUAAAGCUCCCAUUUAGAUCAGGCAGCAAGAGUGAUAUGUUGCACUUUUAGAGUCACUUCGAUUUAUCGUUAUGAACACUUCGGUAUGCAAAUAAAUUAAUCUUAAUAUUGUUGAUUGUCAUUCUACAUUUCAGCAAAACAGAUUUUUUACAGGAUCAGAAGUUAAGCGAGGGACUGAAAGAUCUUCUUCGUGGAUAUGAUUCUCGAAUUAGGCCAAACUACUCAGGUAUAAGGUAGUACAUAAUUAUACACUUGACUACGAGAUCCACGCUGGUUUUGUUCGUUUGUUACAUUUUUUUUUUUCACAUUUUUUUGUGGGAAGUUUAUAAAGCUAAACUGAAAUAAAUAAAUAUACCAAGAACAACUUAAUGAAUGCCACAUCAACACAACAAAAAACAUUAUAUUUUCCCUCGGAUAUAAAGUUAAUGGAAAAAACUUUUUAUCUAUCCGGAAGUAAUUUUUAUCAAAAUUCGAUGUUUAGCUAUUUAACUCUAGUUUGGAAAGACUGAGAGCGUAGUAAUAUACUGUUUUUUCCCCUUUUUCUUUUCUUUCUAAAGGAAAUCCAGUUGAAAUCCUAGUUGGUAUUUCGGUUGCAUCGUUUUCCAACAUCAAGGAAGUGGAUAUGGUAAUACAUUAUUAUCGCUUUCAUUUCUUGUGGUUAUCGUCAUUAGGGCCAUUAAUACGAGGAAAAAUAAGACGCGUCUUAAAUAAGACGCGAACUUUCCGUAUAAACGGCACAUUUCGUCUAAAAUAAGACGCGGCUUAGAAGAUAAGACAUGCUCGUAUAAAUGGUACAGUUCGCGUCUUAUCUUUCCUCGUAUAAAUGGCCCUAUUGUUCUGUUAAUGUUGACUAAAUUAGACAGUCAAUCGUCCUCUACCUUCUCCUGAUUUCUAGCAUUUUUAUUUCUAUUUCCGUGACGGACCGCGUGUUAAAUACCCCUCCCCCCCUCCCUCGCUCAUUUUUAUCCAGAUCCUUUUGGUCUACAUUGUACCAAUAGAGCCAUAGCAUUAGUAAAAUUGCCAAGGUUCUCAGAGUGAUUUAUGGAGGCUGAAGAUAUUGCUCUGCCAAGUCGCAAAAUUUUCCAGCAGACGUUUGUGAGGUGAGGGCAAAAAUUUGCCCCCCAUCAUACGAACGUUUAUAAUAAAUAAUGAUUUCGCGAAUUUGCUGGGCUAUAGAUCCUUUAGUCGCAUUACUUUUAAAACUGGCAAAUUUACUUAUUUCAUGCCGUUCUUUCCAGCAGUCUCGACAGAUUUCUACUAACUAGUCCUUAUCAAAACUUUAAAAAAAAACUGAGGAAGGGCCAAUUCUCUUCGCCCUGUCUCCCGUCUCCCACCAUGUAAAUUGUUUGAUGGCUGAGAUUUGUAUAAUUUAUCCCAGUUCCUCUGACCGAUUAAAGUUACAAUUUCCCCUAUUACCUGUAUAAGUUUCAUUUUUAAUCGAAAUGAAUUUCAAAUGUGACCAUGCAUCCAAACUGAUGAAAAUUAGCAAAGUUCGAUUGCGUUGGAUUGCGGAAAUUCAUUUACAUGUGAGAGUCGUUUGAGUGGUGUUUGAUAACGUUUGAGCGAUCAAACCUUCGAUUUAGCUCGAGUAAUAAUUACCAUAGGCCAUAGAUUUAUUUUUUAAGGGAAAAUGUCUUCCUCUCAUUCAGGUCCAACAACGGUGAAUAUAGUCUGCGUCUUAAUCUCACCCUGUUUAACGGACUUAACUAGAGUUCAGUUUCGUGUGAAGCGCAGGUUAAGUUGAGUGAUGCUCCAAGCUGGGUGAUAUUAUAACUAAAGCCUGUUAUUUUUAAUUCAUUUUUUAGGAAUUCGGAUUGGACAUUUUUUUUCGGCAGCACUGGAAAGACCACAGGCUUUCUCACAACUUGACUUCCAAGAUAACUCUUACCAUGGGAACUAAACACCCUGCGGAUUAUAUCUGGGUCCCAGACACCGUGUUCGUAGACGCCACCAAGUCAUACAUGCAUAAUGUACUGACAACCAGUCACAAGAUCGAUAUCUCAGCAGACGGACAGGUGCUUUGGGGAACAAGGUUGGUGUGUCUGAUGGGCUCGCUUUAUCCACAGGUCGCCCAAGCUCACUAUGAGAGCCCUUGAGAAACAAUACCCAGCUUAGCUUAUUAAUAAUUCAUACGGUAACAAUUUGACUUUGUACGAGAAAUAUUCUUUGUGCAUUAAAAUUUGCUAUUAGACUUUUAGCAUUUUCCUCUGAAAUUUGUAUGCCUCAGGCCUCUUAAGCACGUUUAAAUGCCUUCUCUUCGCUCAUCUGGGUGAAAAACAGGUGCUCAAAAAAGACAUUUAAACUGUGUCUAAGAGGCCUGAAAUGCUGCAGUCAGCAUAUAUACAAAUAAACACAAGAAAACGCUUAAGAUAAGACUAAAAGUGAAAUUCAAUGCACACUUUGCUUAUUUAUAGAGCAAAGAAUAUUUCUCAUAACACGUCUUAUAAUUUUUGCGGUGAGGACAAUUAAUUUGCUAUGUAGGCUGGUGUUGCUCAUCGCUUGGGCUACGUGUGUUUGGUCACAUAUAUUUAGACUACAUGUGAAUUUGCACUGCCGAAAUCCACCCCUACAACUUGUAGUCUUCGCUUGUGAAGUUCUUUUUAAAUAUUUUGUGAAAUGGUUAUGAAAUUAUUGAGCCCAGAUUUUUGAAUUUCCCGUCAUUUGUUGCCAAAUUCAAAGCCAAUAAGGUUUUUACAUUUUGAUUGUACUCGUCAUGCUGUGUCUAAGUAAUUAUUUCGGUUACAUAUCUAGUUGAAAUUUGAAUUUUACUGUCAAUCUUUGGACCUUAUUUUUCCCACAAAAACUGUUAAAAUCGCCGACAAAAAAAUCGUCAUGCGGGUUGUUCUGCCCACUCUAGUCGGAUAAAAAAAAGAAAAAAAAAGAAAAACCUACUUUCUAAAAAGCUCUUUCAUGCGUUCUGCCGAACCAAACUUGCUUUUUUGUCUAUGUACUGUAUCUUUAAUAGACGGUGCACAGGAUAUAUGGUAAGCACAAAAUAAGUCUUUGUUCACACUGUAUAGCUUUUGCACCGCCAAGAAAUCAUACCGGAUAGAGAUUUUGUUUACACACAAGAUCGGUUGUGGCGGCGCGAUUUCUGUGACAGAGCGAAGCUGCGAUGCACCGAUCUCGAAAGUGGAGCGUGACAUAAUGAAUAGGUUUUGUUCCAUACUCUGGUGCAGUGUGCUCACUUAUUCGGUCCGUUCGUCAGUGAAGACUGGAAUUUAAUGUACCAAGCCCUUUAGGCCAGCCGCGCCGCCACGAUGUUUAAUAGGGAGCUUUAGCAACGACGACGGCGACGGCAACCAGGACGUCAAAAAAGCAAUAGGUUUAUUGCGCAAAACAACAACUUUGCAUCACGCUUUUUUGUACAUUUCUUCACCGUCCUUGCACGAGUACAACGUGAAAAUGCCUAAUUGCAAGCUAAAAGUUUUAUGGAGGACGUAAACAAGCGACGACGAAUCUCUUUUUUCUCUCUAAACUUGAGUGCUCAAGAAAUCAACUCCAGGGAAAUUCGCCUCCACCUGCCAUUUUCAGCAAAUUGGAAUAAACGCGACAAAGAUUGAAAAAAUGGGAAUUAAUUUUAAAACUGACGUUGUCGCUGCCGUUGCCGUCGUCGAUGCUAAAGCUCCCUGAUAUGUGUGAAGGCCAUGUACCGCCCCGGGGCAGUUCCUGUUCAUACUAUAUACCAGAUAGCUUUUUGAGGCGCCAAGAAAAGCUUUCCAUCACGGUGUGAACAUCAUUUUGAGGGUAGGUUGAUAUUAUGGGUUGACUGUGGAGGCCGACAAUGAGAAGGGCGGCCGCUGACCAAAAGGUUCAGCCAUAAUUACGCCUACUAAAUCAGUAUCUAAUUUACAUCACAGAGCAACUCUUCUAGCGAGAUGUCACAUGAAUUUACGUACUUUCCCCAUGGAUGAGCAAAAUUGUACAAUCAACAUUAUUAGCUGUAAGUAAUUUUCAAACAAAGAGAAAUUAAACAUCAGAAAGCUUUUGAGUAAUUUUUACAAAUAUAUAUAACACCAAGGGGUUCUUUUGUUUCUCGCAUUGAGGUGUGGCCGUGGGCUUUGAAAGUAGCUUUGGCCCGAGACCUAUCACCCCUUCCCCCCGCCUAGGGAGCUUAAGCUUAUUCCAUUUCGUUCAAAAAAAUUCGUCAAAUUUUGGCAAAUUUUUCUACUGAUGAAUUCUAAAGCACUCCAUCGAAGUUCAGAAAAAGAAAGUAGUUGUCUUGUUUUCACGUCCUCAACAAAACCGUAGUCAUGCGGUGACGGCAAAGAAAUGAACAAAAAAGUGCAAUGCACGUGCACAGUUGUUGAUUUGCCUAUUGCUUUUUUUAAGUCUUCUAAGUUUUUUUCCCCACUUUUGGUGUGGAGGCAGAAUAGAUAUCAACAAUAGCCGUUUUCACAUUACAGACGGAUAAUCCACGUUCAAAAUCUGUCAAAAUUGAUGGGAAAACAGUUGGAUAAAGUCAGGUGGAUUGUCUAUCCAAAAUUAAGACCGUUCCAUUUUCAAAUUAAGACGUAUUAUCUGUCUCACGCGAAUUAUCCAACAGAUAACCCGUCUCAGGCGGAUAAUCCUAGCCUGAAAUUCAUCCGAUUGCUUCGAGUCGUUUCCUCCUCUCAACAACGACGUUACUGAGGGAGUAAUAACGACUCGAAGUAAUCGGAUGAAAUUCAGGCUAGGAUAAUCCCACUCUAGUGUGAAUACGGUUAAUAGGUGCGUUACACUAGACCUUUUCCUCAAAGCUCUCCUUUGGGAAAUAGCUUGGAUUGGGCUGGCUCUGGGUUUUGAUCACUUUCAUGUUGCUGUUACACAGCGAUAAAUUGCCCAAGACGGAAGAAAAAACCCUUGACGGUAAACGUCGUUUUCAAACAUUGAAGGUUGACAUAAAUCAUUUUUACCCUUUAAUAAAACCUCCACAUCAAUAAAGCUUAGCAAGAGCGAUUCAGCCCUUAAUCAUAACUGUAACAAAAUUCUCAAAUCUGAUUGGUUAUCAACUGCCCUGAUUUCAGUUUAAUAGGACAAUUUAAUACUGUACGUGUCAUGUCGCUCGCACUUAAGUGGCUUUUUUUCUUUACUGCUUGCAAAAAAAAUCUUGGAAUUUCUUAUGUUUUGAUUUUAAAAAAAAGAACCUUAUAUAUCACAAAUUUUGUUAAAGUUAUGAUUAAUUGGUAACAGAACUUCAUGUCGUCAAAUUCGGUCUGAAAUCAUACUCGUGAUUAAACAAAUCUGACUCCCGCCUUAUGGAACCAAGGAGGGUUCAAGUGUAUCAUGUUAAUUAGGCCUUGGCCAAAUGUCGAACUUUUCGUGAGACGAAACAAACUUAGUGAGUUAAGUUCAUGAAAAUUAAGUUCGACGUCUGGAUCAGUUAAGUUCGUUUGAAUAAGUUUUGAUCGUCGAACACGUUCUAUCCGUUUGAAGGUCAUCGCCGAGGCAAACGUCGAUCUUUACAUGCGACGAACUAAACUAAUACAAAAAAAUUUGUAUGAUGGUGUAUAUAUUUAGCCCCGCGCGUUCGAGAGAAAAUCGACGCGUCCUAGAGUUCGACUUCCGACCCAACGGACGAACUUAACUUAAUUUAGGAUGAAACGUUCGACGUUUGGCCGAGGCCUUAUUAUAGCGGAAUUGGCGCUUAUUUGCAAUGAAGGUAAGGGAAAUUAUUGAAAACGUAUAACCAAUGUAAUGUUCUUUGCCGUAGUGCCAGCCUUGCAUUCAGUUUUGUUUCAUUUUACACACUAAGUGACGUCUGGCUACAGCAUCUCUUUAAUUAGAGACCCGAUAAGGGGAACCAGUCAGUUUUAUUUGCGCGUUACGUGGACCUCUGCAUUCAAACAGUUUUUCCAAUGUAAACUCUGUGAUCAGUGGUUGGUUUAUUUGUCAGUAAAAUUAAAAACUCAGGAUGUUCUUUUCAGAUGCGUACCCAACUCAACACCUGGUCUUCAACUGGAAGUCACCUUCAAUCGUAGUACUAGACAAAGAAAUGGCGCAGUUUUACAUGAACGAAAUGAGCAGCGCUGUCGGAAGAACACAGUAUGUCGCAGGUGAGUAGAUCAGUGUAAGGCUGUAAGUAAAGUAUCUUCACGAUGCAGUAGUUCGAAAUAGUUAUCAUUUGAGUAACGACGGCGCGCUUAUUUUACUCCUUUCCCACCCUCAGUGUUCUGUUGCGUUUUAGGGGUACUUUUAAAGCUAUAUAUACGGAAAAAAAAGAAGUCGAAACGAGGAAUUGAGGUCACUCCUGGAAAUCGAAGUGUUAGGCAUCUGUCAGCCAACUAUGCCAAUCCCAGCUGGGCCUGUCGACCCGAUUGUGCUCAUAAAAUGCUGGAAAGUUACUUGCUGAAAUGUCAAAAAGUUGCUAAAAAAUUGACAAAGAUCCAAACCGUUGCUACCUAAAUUUAAAAGUUGCCUCCUAAAUUUAUCGAUGUUUUUAAAUAUGUACGUUAAUUAAGAGCUGUAUUCUCCUCUCUUCCCAAUAAUUGUUAACAAUGAUCAAUGACAAUAUCUCGAAACUUACCUUUAAGAGUUGUUCGAAAAUAUGGGCAUAACCACGGAUAGCCCAAGCUCAAUAUGAGAGCCCUUUUUUCCUUGUUUUCUACAAUUGACCGAAAUGUGCUUUUUUUUUUCCUUUAAAGCUUACGUUUAAGUUGAUACUAAAACCUUAGAAAUUCGCAAAACUUGAAGUUUUCUAUGACAUCGUUGAUUUUUUUUCUUGUUUGCUCUUGACCUAUAUUUUGCACAAAAAUUGCUCAGAAGGCAAAAGUAGCACCAGGUUUCCAGAACCGCAAAAGUUCCUCCCAAUGCCAAAGUUGCUCAAUAGUUGCCGAGCACAAUAGGGAAAGUCCUAAUCCCAGCUCCUUAUAAUGAUCAUCAUCAUCAACAUCAUUAUCAUUUAUUUAAUAGUAUUGUGGGUCUCUUUGAUGAUUUUGUUAUUUUCUGCUUCUUUUUCAGGAGAGUAUUCACUCCUGCAAGCGACAUUCUCAUUCAAACGAAGAAUGGGUUUUUACCUGAUUCAAAUCUACAUACCUUGUAUAGCGGUGGUGCUUGUAGCUUGGAUGUCGCUGUUCAUUGAUAGUCGCGCGACACCCGCUCGUGUGAGCCUAUGCAUUACGACACUUCUCACCAUAUCAACUAUCUGGGGCGCCGUCAAUUCCUCCAUGCCAAGAGUUUCCUACGUGAAAGCCAUUGAUGUUUAUCUGAUGACAUCUUUCUUCUUUGUUCUCUGCACCAUGCUAGAAUAUAUUGGCCUUAUACACCAAGAAAGAGCGAAGGUAUUACUAAGCAAUCUUACGAAAGAGUGUACUUGUUGACUCUGCGACCGUACGAGCAACAACUGAAAUUCACAUCAUGCGCAAUCUCUUGUUCUCAUUUUUUUUUUCUCUCAUUAAUUAAGAAGACAGUAAUUAAAAGAAAAAAGCGACUUGAGUUUUCCGGAUCUUUGAAACGGACAAGCGUCCUUCUUCAGGGUAGACGGGGAAAGUCUUUUUAAUUGAAAUAGUGAAAAUUUGAUACCUUUUUUUGCCCACCUCAGUUUCUAAAGGAAAAUACCUGAAAACGAGUGAGUCACUUGUCCACCGGUGUGCGUCUUAUGAUGCGUGAGCUAGGAACAGACUUGCCGUAGCUUACCUCGCACAGUCAUAUCGCCCGUGAACAAGUCUUUAUAAGCAGACGCAAAAAUGACCAAAAUAACAGAAGCAGCAAGGAAAAAUCAAAAAUUCCGUAAAGGCUUUACUGAAACAAGGAGCUUAUCUGCCAAGACUUUUUGACAAAAAUGGUAGAGAUGGUACGGAAGAGCAAGAGACCAAGUCGCAAAUCAAGCAAACUUAGCAAACGCAACUAACAAGGUAUUUCUCUGCAACUGCCAAACUGAGAGGAUUAUCAACCGAGAAAUGAAAAAUUAAGCAGGAAGCAGUUUUGAGAAAAUAUCCGCCUAAAAACCCUGUAUUCACGAAAUAUGUUCUUUGCCUCUCGCCUUGCAUAACAUCUGAGGAGUUAAACGACGCUCAGUUUUAUAGAUGGCCUUUCUAUAUGAUCUGAGGCGGAAAAGUGCGCCUUUACCGUCCAGUAAAACAAAAAGAUGAAAAAAUUGCUAAAAUUGCCAUUAUUCAUGUAGCUUGUCCUCAGACGUCUUUCUUUUUCUUUGUUUUUGUUGUUGGUUGUUUGUUUUUUUCCGUUUUUUUUUUUUGGACAAUUUGACAGCGCGCAAGAGCGAGCGCAGUGCGCGAGAAUGAGUGCGACGCGCGAGAAAAAACACCCAUCCCCCUGCGCUUGAGGUGAACAAAUCCCCCGCGCUUUUUAUUUUUAUAUGCGCGCUCAACGACAUCUAAAAUAUAGGGUCUCUGAACAAGGUAGAAUCCAUGCUCUAUUUGCGAUUUUUUUAACCAGCUUUUUUCCGUUGCCCUUGCAGGCAACAUAUUCUUCGUUACUUUGGCUGUAUUUCCUAAGCUGAGGCUUGUACCGGGCGGCUUUUUUUCCUUUCUCACUUUGCCUGCCUUUUUCUUUCCUAAAUUUUCUACUCUAGUUCAACCUAUUCUUGUUUUCUUCACGUUAAAUGCAGGUGAUGCAGAUCAUGAUCGAUAUCCUUGUUAAAUCCCUCUUUUCUAAAACUUUGUUAUUCUUGCUUUAGUAUAGUGACCACAAUAUUAGACUUUACAGAUUAUAUCCUUCGUUUCACUUUUUUAACUAUUUUUGCUAAAUUAGCGGCAUGUAAAGGAACUUUUUGCCUUUCAUUUUUUAAACCAAAUCUGCAGGUUAUUCUUACUAAAUCUGCAUUGUUUGUUAACAAUAUAUAUCAGUAAUUUUACUUCGAGAUAAAAAGGCUUGUCAUUUUUUCUAUAUUUGUCGGAUGAUAGAUUUGCGGUACGUCAAGGGCCUUCCAUGUCUUUCAUUUUCUUUGCAAAUUUCCAGUUAUUCUUGCUAUUUUGGGGAUUUGGGCAACAUCUAUUUGCAGUUGCCGAUAAAAUUUACUUUUGCAGCAUUUGCUUUCUUUUCAUACUGUUUUUGUUAUUUAUCAGAUUGCUAUAUUUGUGCUUUUUGGUAAUAUGACUUUACAACCAGAAUCCUUGUCAUAACUUUAAUUUUUUUGCUUAUUCUAUUUGUUUUCUUAUAUUUUUGCUACUAACUUCUUCUCUUCUAAAAUUCCUGCAAGAUUUUUCUUUUUAGUCACUUUUUGGUGAAAUUGCUAUCGACAUAGCUUAAGCAAAUGUUUGCUAGGGCUUUCAAUCCCUGUCUCACAAGAAUGUGACAAAGGGUUAUUGGUAUUACAAGUAAAACUGAUUUGUCUGCAUUUUCGUGUUUGUUAUUUUUUUCAUAGAAAGGCUUAUUGCGGAUCAAAGCACCAUUCUUCAGGAAAGUCGACCUCCAUCGAGAAUCAUGCGAUUUGACGAGUGAGUCCAGUCUCCACCAAGGAGGGUUGUGUUCUGUUGAAGAAGGGAAGAGGUCGCAAAUCGAAUUGAAUGACGUAAAAAAGAACGAAGGAUCUUCGGUGCAAGAGAAUGAUAAGAUCGAUUCGACAGGUGUUGACUUUGCGGCAAGGAUAGCAUUUAUGGCUCUCUUCGGAUUAUUCAAUUUAUUUUAUUGGUUUGUUCUAAUUUACUUCAAGUAA